AUAUCUCGUACAUAAAUUGGUAACUACGGUAGUAAGUUCACGUAGUUCGUUUGGAGAGGAAGUGAACGUUUUAUCAAAAUGCCAUCAUGUCGGACUGUUUGUCUAUGGAUCAGACUCGGAUAUCAGUGCUUGCCCUAAAAAUGUUUGUUCCCCUCUGUUCAAGAGAUGCAAGAAUAAGAGGCCAAGCUUUGGAGUUCCUAGAUUGUGGUUUCAAGUCUUGGAGCAAUGGAAGACCCCCUGUUCAUGUGACUUCAAAAUUUCACUUAAAGCAUGGAGACCCUGAGGAUGAAAAAAUGCUUUCAGCUCUGACUCUGAAGGACUGUCUACCAUUUUUGCUCAUGCUAGCCUAUCAGUGUCCAUUUAAUGAUGUGAGAGAGAAGUUGUUUGGAAUACUGCAUAUGCUAAGGAUGUGCCAUGUAAAUGUUCCUUCUUCAUUAUCAUCUGGUCCAAGUUCAUUUAUUCCAUUGGAUGAGGCAAUCCUGCCAUCAACUGACAACAAAAAGACCCAUGAUCUUUUUGUUGAUGCAUUUCUGCAGAACAACAGACUUGAUCAUAUUACUCAGUUAAUGGGCUUUCAUCCACAAUAUUUGGAUCCUUUCCUUCGGACUCAGAACUACAUCCUGAAGGGUGAUGGACCCUUACCCUAUGAUUACAGAAACUACAUUGCUAUAAUGGCUUCCGCCAGGCAUUGCUGCACACACUUGGUAAGGUUACAGAAACAAGAAUUUUUACUGCAAGGUGGAAAUAAAAACUGGUUGAAUGGGCUGGAUUGGGUGCCACAAAAACUGCAGGAUUUGAAUGAGCUCAACAAGAUUCUUGCCCAUCGACCCUGGCUGAUUAAGAAGUCUCAUAUAGAGAAACUAACCAAAGGAAAGGAUAACUGGUCAUUAUCAGAAGUUGUCCAUGCUAUUGUUAUUCUUGCUCAUUUCCACUGCCUAUCAACUUUUGUUUUUGGGUGUGGCAUUAGCCCCGAGAUUGAUUCCAGUGACGGGCAUACCUUUCAAAAAUCUGCAGCUACUUCUAACAACCUUUCAGCUGAAAAUAGCUGGAACAGUCAUGAGGCAGCUGAUACCGAAGCAGGCGUUGAGCUACUGAUGCAAAAAAUGAAGACAAUUUCAGAACAGCAUGAAGAGGCAUCUCAGGAAGAAAAAUUAAAAUGUUUUCAAAAAGAACAGAGCCAAAGUGCAGAGCUAAUUACUGCCAAUGACAAUACCCCUCUUCCCAAGUCAGACAUCUUGAGGUACACUGAUGAUCCAGAUUUUAGUUAUCAAGACUUUGCUAAACGUGGAGAAGGAUCUGAAAUACCAACAUUCCGCAUCCAGGAUUACUCUUGGGAUGAUCAUGGAUACUCUCUACUUAACAGACUUUAUAAUGAUGUUGGCACAAUACUGGAUGAAAAAUUCAAGAUCACUUAUGACCUUACUUAUUAUACAAUGGGUUUUAAAAACAACGUGGAUACUUCAACGUUUCGUCGUGCCAUUUGGAAUUACAUCCAGUGCAUGUAUGGAAUACGUCAUGAUGACUAUGACUAUAGGGAAGUGAAUGAACUGUUAGAAAAACCAUUGAAAGCUUACAUCAAGACUCUUAGCUGCUACCCAGAGAGAACAACAAAAAAAGACUAUGACAGUGUUAUGAGAGAAUUUAAACACUCAGAAAAGGUUCACGUGAACCUUAUGAUGUUAGAAGCUCGAAUGCAAGCAGAACUACUCUAUGCUUUACGUGCCAUCAUGAGGUAUAUGACUUGAACCUCUUCUUGUCGGUAGUUCCAAGAAUACUGUGAUCAUCUUCUUUAUAUAGUUCUGAACCAUUAGAGAACAUUAUAUGAAAUUCGUAUGCUGUCAUCUGUCUUAAAAUGGGUUUUAAGCACAAGAUGGCCAUUAAACCACUUAAAAACAGUAUGCUGUUCAUCCUCUACAUUUAUGGGUUGCAUCCCCUUCGUCAACAUGCUACUGGAGCACAAUGUCUUUGCUCAAAUCAUAUAUAUCUCUUAUAAAGUAAACAGUGGAGCUUCUAACCCAUGAUUUGAUGUGUGCAUGUGUUACAUGGAAAGGAAGUAGUAUAUAAAUAUAUCAAGUAAAGGCAGUUAGUCAUGAAAUAUAAGAGAUUGUGUAAUCUGUUUCUAUUAUUUCGUUGUUCUUGCUUAAAUGUUACAGGUAAAAACAUAUCUUCCACUUAUAUAAUCAGAUGAAGUUUUUUUUUGUUUUUUUUUAUUUGCUAAUAUAUGCUGUAUGCUUGCAGAUAAAUUAUACAAAUGAGUCUUCCCCAUAAGUAAUAAAUAUUAUUGUGGUCAAAAUACAUUUGAAUACGUACGUAUUUCCCCCAAGUGUGUACUUAUUAAUUUCUCAACUUUUUCUAAUACACAGAAAUACACAAGGUAUUUUUAACCUGUGAGUAACCAAUAGCAAUUUGUAAAUCAAGGUAAGUGAUUGUUGUACUUGAUCAAUACAUAUAACUCCAACAUAGAUUUUUUUGCUUGGAUUUCUAGAAGGGGGAAGAAAAAAAAUGUGAAAGAACAGAGGCAAUAAAUGAGCAGAGAUCUUAAAGUUAAAUUGGAUUAAACAUGAUACAAGAUUUAAAUGUGGUAUAUAUGAAUUAGCCUCUGUAGCUGUUUCACUUUUUUUUUUUUCUCCUGUAAUUGUGACAGUUUGUGUGUUUUGUUUUUUUGAAUUACUCUAUUCAAAAUUAUGCACAAGAAUUUGCCUAAUUUUGUACGUGUAUAAUUUGAUUGCUUGGAGGAGGAAGAAAGGUGCUUUUAUAGAGUAUAACAUUUUUGGAAUAUUGAAAAGCCAUAUUAUCUACAAAUUUGAAUGCUUGUGAUAUAGGAUCUAAUCAUACAAAUAAUGCAUCCUUUUCUUCCAGUGGAGCUAAAAAUAAAAUAAAAUUGAGAAA